AUGAUUGUCUCUCUCCUUCUUGGAGCUGUCGCAGUGGCCGCAGUGCCGACUGGCAGUGAUUCCUCGUCUGCAAUUGCUGUUACUAAGGAUGCACCUCAGGAAGCCGGCGACAAUAUUCUGCAGCCGUUCGUUUCCUUCUCAAUUGAAUUCGCCUUCUUCCCUGAUUACGCAGGAAACAAGUCGCAUCCGAAUGAUUUCUCAAACAACCUACUGGAUAACCUUGCCAGCCUCCAAGGUAUCAAGCCGUACAUUCGUGUCGGCGGCAACACCCAGGAUUUUGCCCUCUAUGACCCCAACUUAAAGACGGCAACCAAUGGCACCAUAGUCCCAGCAAAGUCAACGGACUACCCGUAUCUCCUAUCCAUCGGCCCGUCAUUCUUCGAGUCAUACUCGACUUGGCCAGACACCAAGUUCAGCCACGGCUUCAACCUUGGCAAGAAUGGCACUGCCGCAGUGGAAAGCUUACUGGCAACUGUGCCCUUGGCAUGCAAAGCCCUUGCGGACGGCAAGCUGAUGCACUGGGAACUGGGUAACGAGCCCGACCUGUACAUAGAUGGUGGCGCGUUUAGUGCGCGGCCGGAGAACUGGACAGAGAGUGACUAUGUCACCAAUUGGCUUACAAAUGAGCGAGCUAUCAAGCAGAAGAUGGCACAUGCUUGCCCGGAGAUGGCGACGGACUCGGCGUACACCUAUCUUGCGCCUUCUUUUGGUGGCAUUAACAAUGGCCUUGACCCAGUCAAGACGUGGAGCGACGGACUCGACUCGGAUAAGAACAUUCGCUUGAAUUCGAUGCACAACUAUAUGGGAGGCGCGACCCAGCCCGGCGUGACACUCCAGAAGACCCUGAUGAACCACACAUCGGUUAUAAACAGCGUCGAUCAGCAUGCCACGCUAGCGAAGGAGCUACAAUCUGAUAAAUUGACCCCGGGUAUUCCUUACAUCCUGGGCGAGAUGAACUCGCUCUACAACGAGGGCGCGCCAGGUCUAUCCAACUCAUUCGGCGCCGCACUGUGGGGCGUUGACUUCAACCUAUAUUCCGCGUCACAGAGCCUUCAUCGCGCGCACAUGCACCAGGGGACCGACUACCGGUAUGCUUCGUGGCAGCCAGUGCAAACCAACAAAACGACCAAGGGAACGAAAGCCCCGUACUAUGGAAACGCCAUGGUGGCCGCGAUGCUGAGCGCCGACAAGAACGACCAAGUCCGCGUGCUCAACCUGCCGCUCGACCAGGACACGGAGUCUGCCUAUGCGGCAUACGUAAAUGGCAACCUGGCGCGCAUUGCCGUCGUCAAUAUGCAAGAGUAUAACUACACGGGAUCGACCGCGGCGUCGCGGCGUCCUUCGGCCAAGUAUGCUUUCCAGCUUCCUGAGCAGGUAAACGGCAAGACUUUGGCUGUUCAGAGGCUUAUGGCGAAUGGAAGUGAUGCCAUUACCGGCAUCACCUGGAAUGGAUGGUCGUAUAACUACGAGUUAAACAACGGGAAGCCUGUGCGCUUGCACAAUGUGACCAUUGGCGAGACCGUGCCUGUUGGCAAGAAGGGUGUGGUGGAGAUUGAGGUACCGUGGUCGAGUGGUGCCAUUCUGGACUUUCAGGUUUAA